UAAAGCAAGAGUGUAUGGAGCGGUGUGUUCGCCUUGAGCCCAGUGGGUGUGUGUGCUUUGAAUGAGUGCGCUUAAGAGUUGGUUUUACUUUGACAUGAGUUUGGAAUAAAUGAAAAGUUUUAAGCCCUGGAUAUUUAAAGAAAUCAGCAAUGCCCUGUGUUCAAACCCAGUUUGCAUCUCUGCCCCAUGACACCUACUUCAGCUCUGAGUUCUUGAAUCCUGACCUCAGUGCCAAACUGGUGAUGGACAUCAGUGGCCAAAAAGAUCAGCUGUCUACAUCUUCUUUGCCCAGCAUUAACACCUUAGUGGGAAAUGGCUAUGCGGGGGAGUUUGAUGCGUAUUCCUGCAAGAUUACCACUUCUCCACCCGCCUUCACGGCAUCUUUCAGUUCCCCCACAGUAGCUGAAAGCUCAAGUGCUCAAAUGCAAAACCAGGCCUUCAAGCUGGAUGAACUCCAAGUGUAUGGCUGUUAUCCAGGCUCCUUUGCAUUUAGCUGCCUCGAUGAAACAUUGUCAUCAUGUGGCUCAGAUUACUAUGGAAGUCCAGUUUACGGCGCGUCCUCACCUGUAACACCAGGCUUUCAGACACAGCCUGCACCUUCCUGGGAUUCCCCUUACAGCCCCUACUCUGCGGCCCCUCCCUCCUCUGUGGCUGAUAAGGCUGCCAUGGCCCAGCAGCUCUCCUUUUUCACCUUUAGUGCCACACAGGAACAACAUUCACCAGUGGGACAUCUUCAUGAUGCUCAGCUGGGACAGGACGACCCCUUCUUCUUGCCUCACCAGCAGCAUGUCUCCACACUUCAUUGCCCCACCAUACCCAUGGAACACAGGCCAAUGGAAAGCCCUAGUACAGUGGAGGGAAACAUGAUGUCUAACAAAUCCCAAAAUCCAGCAACCAGUGAGGGUCGCUGUGCCGUCUGCGGGGACAAUGCAUCCUGUCAGCACUACGGAGUCCGUACCUGUGAGGGCUGCAAAGGCUUUUUUAAGCGAACUGUACAGAAAAAUGCAAAAUACGUGUGCCUUGCAAAUAAAGACUGCCCGGUGGACAAGAGGAGGAGGAACCGUUGCCAGUUCUGCCGUUUCCAGAAAUGUCUCGCAGUGGGAAUGGUCAAAGAAGUUGUUCGCACAGACAACCUUAAAGGUCGUAGGGGUCGCCUGCCUUCAAAACCCAAGACUUUGGCUGAGCCUUCAUCAACAACCCCCAAUGUGAACAUCAUAUCCACUUUAAUCCAGGCACAUUUAGACUCAAACCCCAGCUUUGGAAAGCUCGACUAUUCCCAGUACCAGCAGACUGUGGAGAACCAUCAAGAAAAGGAAGAUGCGAGUGACAUCCAGCAGUUUUACGACCUGCUCACUGGUGCCAUGGAUGUAAUCAGAGGAUGGGCUAAAAACAUACCAGGAUUCCCAGACUUCUGCUCAGAGGACCAGGAUCUGCUGCUUGAAUCUGCCUUUGUUGAACUCUUCAUACUCAGACUUGCCUACAGGUCAGAUCCAGAGAAGGACAAGCUGAUCUUUUGCAAUGGCGUCGUCCUUCACAGACUGCAGUGCGUCCGCAGUUUUGGUGACUGGAUCGACUCCAUCAUGGAAUUCUCCCACAGUCUUCACCGCAUGAACUUGGACGUCUCUUUGUUUUCCUGCCUUGCUGCACUUGUUAUCAUCACUGAUCGCCAUGGUCUCAGGGAGCCCAAACGGGUGGAGGAUUUUCAGAAUCAUCUCAUCACUUGUUUGAGAGAACAUUUAAACAGCGGUGCAUCGGAACAGACCAGGACACAACCCAAUUAUCUGUCUCGUCUCCUGGGAAAACUUCCUGAACUGAGGACCCUGUGCACACAAGGACUGCAGCGAAUCUUUUACCUGAAGCUGGAGGAUCUGGUACCGCCUCCACCAAUCGUGGAGAAAAUCUUUAUGGAUACUCUGCCCUUCUGAACCUGAACACGAAUACACAUUUUUUUCAUGUAUACACAGGAGGUGUGAAGUACUUUAUAUGAAGCACUGAACUGUUUAGAAUCCUCCUUUUAUCACGGACGUGUGUGUGGCGUCAGAUGUUUCACAUUUUCGUGUGAAUUUACAAGUAUGAAUUGUUACUGUUCUCUAUGUGUGAAUGCCACUACACGACUAAAUAGACAUGGGUAUUGGUGUUAGUGAAAUGCAGUGGUUCAUACUCACAAGCACACUAAGUUCUUAAAUAGAAAAGGUGUUUUCGUUUUUAAAAAAAAUAUUUUUGGACCCCACCAGAGGUGUGAGGAUGGGGUCCUCUCUGUAAAAAGAACAAAGCAGAUCUUUUCUGUUGCUCACUUUAACUCACUUAUUUGUAUCUCAGAUGGUACUUUCAUAUAAGGUGGGUGUAGGUGUUUGCUCCUCUGAAAGGUCUUGGACCAAAGUUUACUCUUAUUUGAUACAUUCACUUUCACACCCUGCUGCCUUUACCAUAGUAUAAAGUGAGAUCUUUUGAACUGCAUGUCCAUGUUAUAGUGGUGUGUGGGCUUUUGAAUGCAAAAAAAAAAAAACUUUAAUAAAGUGCCUUUCAUAAUAGCAUUAGAUUGUGAAACUUUCCUGAUGGUUUCGUGAUAAAUCAUCAGUGAACGUCCCAUUGCACAAUAUCCUGUAUUUUGCAGAUACAGUAAAUGGCCAUCGGAGUUCAUAUUGUACUCAUAUACUGUAUAUCCUAAUGGAUAUGAUGACAGACUGUGGCCCACAUUUAAUAUUAGAUCAAUGGAGUAGGACAAAGAACAUAAAAUUACCACAAAAAAAUGUUGUAAAGGUUUACAGUUGUUUUAAAAAUUCUGCCUGGUUUUAGUUUGAGGUCAUGUUGUGUCACAUUUCAGAGUUGACUAACCAUCAUGCAUCUGGAGGCAUUUAAUGGUAUUGUUUAGAUCACCUGGUUCUGAUGUGUAACUGUAUCAUUCUUUGAACCUUGCCUUGAUCACUCCUUUAUAUUCCUAUGGAUCCUCUCAUUUCUUUAACAUGUUGUUAUUUUUUUGACUUAUUCUCAAAAUGAACUAAAAAUAAUUUCACCCUAUCUUAAGUAGUCACAGUGUAAUGUGAUGAGCCUAGGGGCAGCUACAGUCUGAGCACUUGUUCACAGUUUUUCUCUUUGAGUUUCGUCCUCCUUCGAGUUUUUGGACUUCAAAAAUAUUGCCUGUCUUUUUGUAAAACAAAAAUAUUGUGAUGCUGAAAUUUUAUGAUGAUAAAUUUUUUUUUAAUCAAG